AUAAAAGGAAAGAGAAAAAAACCGAAAGCUGGAGAGUCGCCGUCCGGACUCUAAAGAAAAAGAUGGACAGAUUGACAAACGGGCAAGAGAAGGUGAGACUAGAGAGAGAAAGGGAGGGGACGAGUGUUGGAGCUCCCAACAGGACACCGAGCCGAGAGGGCUGCUGCUGGAGCUGGGGAUUUUGUUUAGGGAGAUGGGUGGGCCGCUGAGAUGACCAGGAUCUUUAAUUUCUGAAUGCAUGUCUGUGUGUGCCACCACCCUCUCACCCACCCCCCCCACCAUUAGUACACCUCAACCCUGUCCUCUUUCGUAUAGGCCCGGCCCAAGAUAACACUUGUCCCCUAGUCUCUCUCUCCUUUCCCUACCACCAAACCGCAAAUCCCUUCUCUCUUUUUAUUGUACAUGGUCUCCUUGCCCUAGUCCCUCUUCCUUUCUCUCGUCGAUCCUGAACUCCGCCUCUGCGUGCUAAAAUGGGAUGGGUGAGAUUGCAAGCUUGUUUUGGGUUCUUGGUCCCCAGAGAAAAGGCCGGUCUGGUUCUCUAAUUGGGCUAGUGGUUGCUUUGCAGGAGAAUGGUGAGGGGCGAGUAGUGCAUACAAGCCAAUAGCUGGGUUCUUUCCUUGUGCACGCUUGCACAGGCCUGUGCUUUCCAGUAAGAGUCCCAGCCGAGGUGGUGCUGAUGGUGAUGGGAUUCUGGGAGUUGGAUGGCCAAGCCUUUUGGAAGCGGAGGCAAGAAAAGCACCAGCACCAGCACCAGCGCAUACUAUUUCCAGAGCAGCAGCAGCAGCAGCAGGAGCAGAAGAGGCAAGAGAAGCGGCGAGAGGGAGCCGAGAGAGAGGAAUCCCACUAGCGGCAAAAACAAAGCUGGACGGAAGACGGAAGAGGGCGGCCGAGGAUCUGGAUCCCCGGAGGACUCCGUACCACCCAAUUCCGAACCCAAGAGAAAGCGAGAGAGAAGAAGAGGAAACAGGGCAACCACAAGAAGAAGUACAGCAACCCCAAGGCUUCCAGCUUCAUCCCCUCCACCGUCACUGGAACCCACCACCCGGGGGCCGCUCCUAUUUUCCGUCCCCUUCCUCCUCCUCCUCCUCGCCUGCCACGGCUUCCUCCUCCGACUAUGCCCGUCUGUCCGACCGGAUGGCCGAGGCGCGUGUCCAUGGCUACGGCCACCAGCAGCAGCACCAGCGGCCGAGGUUCGGCGGAGGGCUGAGGGGCGCCGGGGAGAUCGUGGAGGUCCAGGGGGGCCACAUUGUGCGGUCCACCGGGCGCAAGGACCGGCACAGCAAGGUGUGCACCGCCAAGGGCACCCGAGACCGCCGCGUCCGCCUCUCCGCCCAUACCGCCAUCCAGUUCUACGACGUCCAGGACCGCCUUGGCUACGACCGCCCCAGCAAGGCCGUCGACUGGCUCAUCAAGAACGCCAAGGCCGCCAUCGACGAGCUCACCGAGCUCCCUGGCCGGUACCCGACCGCCUCCGCCUUCAACCCUCCAUCCGCCUCGAAUCCUCAGGAAACCCAGGCUGCCGCCGCCGCGGACAACCAGCCCGGUGGAGAUUCUGGCAACACGCCAAUUCCAGUUGCUGAACCGGUUGCUUCUGCAGCCUUUGGCUUUGGUGGUGGCAGCGGCAGUGCUAGUUUUCUCCCGCCGUCUCUGGAUUCUGAUGCUAUAGCCGACACCAUCAAGUCCUUCUUCCCAAUGGCCGCCCCCGCCGCCACCGCGCCCUCUUCAAGUCCUCCAAUCGGCUUUCAGAAUUACCCGCCAGACCUCUCGUCGCACACUAGCAGCCAGGACCUCCGCCUCUCUCUCCAAUCCUUCCAAGACCCAAUCUUUCACAACCCCGACCCUAGCCACCGCCACCACCCCCACAGCCGACACCACCACCAGGACCCCACUCCUUCCACUCAGCACGCCCUUUUCUCCGGCUCCGCCCAUUUGGCCUUUGACACGGCCUCCGCCGGCUGGUCCGAGCAGAGCCAGAGGAUGGUACCGUGGAAUGUGGCGGAGACCGGCGGCGGCGGCGGCGGCGGGGGAUACGAGUUCAACGUGCUGCCGCCAGCACCGCCGCAGGCUGUGCCGCUGCACCCGGUGCUUGGCCAAAGCCAGUUUUUCACUCAGAGGGAACCCCUUCAGUCCAGUAGCCCGCCCACCAUUCGUGCUUGGGCGGACCCCAUUUCUUCGACAACCGACCACCAGAUGCACCCUGCGCUCCGUCCCUCGGUGUCGUCAAUUGGCUUCGCAUCUGGUGCCGGCUUCUCGGGGUUUCGCAUUCCGGCACGGAUUCAGGGCGAAGAGGAGCACGACGGAAUCUCCGACAAGCCGCCCUCUGCUUCCUCUGCUUCUCACCAUUGAUGGAGCGGAAGAAGAGAACUGACAACCACCAAAUCCCACCUCCCCUGGAUUGCGUGGUUUUGUCGAGGAAGGUGAUGGAAGUUAAGGAAACAAUAUUUCUGCUGAUACGUAUGAAGCCAUUUCUUUUGAUUCUCUGGUUGGUCGGUUCCUCUCUUCUCUCCUUCUCUUGGUUUUGUUUCAAUGGGCUUCAGCGGCCCUUCGUUCGUUUGCCAUGGUUGGUCUUGGUUGCUGUUGUAGUAGUUUGUUAUAUUUGCUUCAUGUUGCCGCUGCUCCUGCUCCUUGUGCUCGUGACGGUCUACCCUUCUAGCUGUCGUCAAAAGGGAGAGGGCUCCCUGGAUUCUGGUCACCCGGAAAUGCCUUUAGUGAGUGGUUCUGUGUUGAAUUCAAUAGAUGGUUAAGUGUUCCACGAUGACUGCGCAAUCGAGUGGAGCAAAAACUCUUAUUGAGCUUUUGACAUAGAAGCUCAGAUGUUGUUUUCAUACCGAUAAGGAGAUGGAGGCUGCUUUGCUUUGAUUGGAAACGAAUGGUCCCUUUCCCA